ACGAAGCAAAAAGCAAGGCAAAAAACAAAAACGGAGACGAUAUAUUGCGUAUCACACGGUUAAAUAAACUAUUAGCUACAUAUCUAGCUAAGAAUAAGUAUCAAACGAACCGUUUAUAAGUGCAUCGUGAUGUGAUCUGCGCCAAAAUCACUUCAAUAAGAUUUAUUUAGGUACACAUUUUUAAUUGUGCGUUGUUUUACAGUGAGCGAAUUGGUAAACAACCCGUCCUGUGGAAGCUAAAUAACAGGAUCCCAGCAGCUAGCCAACCAGCUAGUGACUUUGGGGAAAAGACAUGGACAAGGCUGACUUCCUGAAAGGACUCCCUGUAUACAACAAAAGCAAUUUCAGCAGGUUUCAUGCUGACUCCGUUUGUAAAGCAUCGAACCGACGGCCAUCCGUGUACCUUCCUACGCGGGAGUAUCCGUCUGAACAGAUCAUCGUGACUGAGAAGACAAAUAUUCUGCUGAGGUACCUUCACCAGCAGUGGGACAAGAAGAAUGCAGCUAAGAAGCGUGAGCAGGAAGCGUCUGAGGUGGAGAACAUGGCUGCUCCUCCCAGGAAGAUGGCGAGGACAGACAGGGAGCUCAACGAGGACUUCUAGAACCACACUGACUGAGGGACACACAACUACACACACACUCACAAAUACACACAGACACACGCCUACACACACAUCUAUACGCAUACUCCCAGGCCUAAGCAAGCACACAGCCACACACUCACUACAAUUAUGCUUGAUUACAUGACCACACACACACACACACACACACACACACACACACACUAGCAACAAGCCGAGUGAUAAAGGAGCAGAGAGCAGGACUGUGGCCUGACCACCAUCAUCCAAGCUGCUGUGAGAGACAAACCACCUUGUCUGGGUUCAUCUGGGCAACAUCCUCCUCCUUCACGCCUCCAUCCUCUUCUGUCCAUCCCCUCUGAUUAGUGUAUUCAUCUUCCCUGGUGAAAAGGCCCAGGCAGCAAUCUACCUCCUCACCCCCUACCAUCUCCUUCCACCGGGACUCAUUCCUUAGAGCUCAUUAUGUGAUUGUUAUAAUUUUUUAGUUUACUUGUACAGUUGUGUACAUCCUCGUCUGCAUGUUUUAAGUGUUGUGUUAUUAUGGUCUGUCUGUCAGCAUGUGGUGCUUGAUCAGUCCUGCUCCUGGUUGUGGUGACUGGAGGAUCGCCUCUACCACUAGGUGGCGACGUAGACUUCAAAGUGUUUAAUGUGAGAGCUGAGUGAGCUGUGCAGAGACACAGUCCACCUAUAGGGCUGUAGGGCUCCACCUGCAGUGCUGAAGGGCUCCACCUGCAGUGCUUUAGGGCUCAGGGGAGGACCAAGUUUGAACCCUGAGCUGAGAAUGUGUCUGAGUGAGUGUUUGUGAGGAAGCCUUGAGGGAUGUGUUCAGAGAGAGAGUGUGUGAUGAGUGGCCUUAAUGGAAAUGUGUUCCAUGAUCAUGUGAUCCCCCCCCCUCAUGGUUU